AUGGCUACAUCUCUCUUCCCGCUCGCCGCACCCCAAGGCCCUGAGCAGCCGGACUAUGGUCCCGAUCUCGCCGUCCGCCUCAUCUGUCCGGACUGCAGGAACCCUUGCCCCAACAUCGUGGAGGAGUUCGCAAGCGGAGACCUCGUAUGCGGAGACUGCGGGCUUGUCUUGGGCGACCGCAUUGUCGACACGCGCAGCGAAUGGCGCACAUUCUCGAACGACGAGGGCGAUAACCCAUCGCGCGUCGGCGCCGCGUCGGAUCCGCUGCUCGACGGCAUGGGCCAGUUUGAUACCGUCAUCAGCUCUAAGGACGGCGGCUCCGGCGUGGCGAGCGACCUCCAACGCGCCGCUGCUCGCGCACAGAACUCGGGAUCUACUCGCCUUGUCUCCGCCUUUCAGGACAUCACCGCGAUGUGCGACCAGCUUUCCUUGACCAAGACCGUCUUGGAUACGGCCAAGGUCCUGUACAAGCAAUGCGACGACGAGAAGAUUUUCCGCGGGAAACCAAUGGAUGCCUCCAUUGUGGCCUGUAUCUUCGUUGCUUGCCGACAAGCGGGUGUAUCGAGGACGUUCAAGGAGAUGUCCCGGCUUACGGGGGUCGGCAAGAAGCCGCUGGGAAACUGCUUCACGGCAAUCAGUAAGACAUUCCUUUUGCAAGCGAACGCAGAUGGGCCGCAAUCUGUGCCGGAGCAACUGCUUGUGCGGUACUGCAACCACCUCGCUAUGCCGCCAUACACCGAGGAAUAUUGCAAGCACGUGAUCGUUGCUGCGCGCGAGCUCGGAAUAGCUGAGGGCCGUGACCCUGUCACGAUUGUUGGCGCUGUUAUCUUCUUCAUGUGUCGGUUGCUCGCCAUCCAGAAGGAUCUCAAGGACAUCCGCGAGGUUGUGGGUGCGUCGGAGGAGACGGUCCGUUCGGUGUAUAACCUGUACUUCGAGGAGAAGGAGAAGCUGGUGAAGAAGGAAUGGCUGGACAACGGUAGGGCGAGGAUGGAGAACCUAUUCCCAGCUUGA